AUGGUUCCUAAUUCUGAUCAAAUGCUGUUCCAUGGAGAAUAUAAACUGAAACCAUUAGAUAUUCUUAAAUCAUUCAAAACUGAAGCAAGAAAUCACCAUACUUACGGAAUAAUGCAAAUUGAAGGAAGACUGUCAACUUUGUCAUUAAAAUUAGUCAAUUGCUUUGGAGACGAAAACGCAUAUGAGUUAUUAUUGAAAAUUAAACUGGAGCUUAAUUCUGAACUCAAGGAACAAUGUGUUUCAUCAAUGAAAAGGAAAUAUGAAGAAAAUGAAGAUAAAUUUCAUGAAAAAAGAAAAGGAUUACAGAAAUAG